UCAAAAUCAAAAUUCACACGAAAUGUGGAAAGUGAUAUCUAAAUAAAUAAAACUAUUUAUACAAAAUAAAAAAAGGGAAAUCGCAUAAUAGUAGGUUCACGCUCAGAUAAAUUUUGGAUGUCAAAAUCCUUUGUAAGAAAUAUAAAAUCGAAAUACUAAAAUGACGGACAAAAAGAAGGCUCAAGCAGGAGGAGAUGGACCAGAAGAUAAAAAAAAGAAAAAAGUGGAAGUUGAGGUGAUACAUCGACCCAAGGGUAAGGUGAAAGAUGAACCACCCCCAGAACCUGAAGUUGCAAAAACCCCUUCUGAAAUUGCUCGCGAGGAAGCGGAACAAAGAGCAAUGUUGCGGAAACAACGCUUCAAAAGGAAAUGGCCUGAGGUGACGAAAGUUAAGAUCAUAACGAAACCAUGGAAGCCACCUCCACCGCCACGAAAACCAAGCCCUGUGCUAAUCGACCUACCCGAUCUCAAACUGCGUAAGUGGGUGCCGCCGUUUAUGAGAAGGCGUCGCAGACGGCCGAAACUCCUGCGCAUUCCGCCAGAGGAGAUCACUCAACCGCUGUACGAAUAUGCGACGCUAAAGAAGGUUUGGCAUAAUUUUGGUCAAGUAAGCGCAAACAAAAUGAUCCUUCAAGGUAGAACAGCCUGCAAUAUAAAACGGUCUGCUCUAUCUGGUGCCCAAACUGCAUGCAUUGCUGUGGUUUGUAGGGGUCUUCUAGAAGACAAAACAGCAGCGGAACUUACUAGAAGCGAUGUGGGCCAACUCAUAGAAGCCGGUGACAACUUUUACAAACAAUGCAUCAUAGCCAUGAAGUGUUACAAAGGCAAACCUCAAAUCCAGCUGAGCCAACUGCUGCCCACGUUCUUCUUGCACGACAUGAGGUUUACCAUCAAGAUGGAGGUACAAGACAAGGGUGUGCUGGCCAAACAUCCGGACGACAAACGAUCCGAUCCGGACUUGAUGUCAUUAAUGGAGAAGCGCAUAGGCAAAACCUACAUGGUGAUACUGAGUAUGAAGGACAAGCACUUUCUACUGUGGGGCCAUCCGCCCGCGCCCGACAGUGGGAGCCAAGUCAAGACGGUCUGCUACAUCUUCGACCCUCACAUGCUGGAUGAAAGUGGAACUCCGAAUAAAGUAUACGGCGCGGGCGCAUUCCUCCGGUACGCGGGCGUGUCAUCGUUCGUCACCGACUUCCUCGCGAGCUACGGCGAACUGGACGCCGCCGCCAGGGGACACCUUACACCGAUUACCUUAACUAGUGUCGAGGUGCUCCAAAAAGAACCAUUGCUGCGAGAACCCGACCACGAUCUGAAUCUGAAAGUGGCCAAAAUCCACUGUCAGAGCGAAUAUGACAGCAUCUUCAGAGCCGCACAUGCGGACAAAAAAGAAAGGCCCGCACUUAUUUCAUUAAGUGCAAUGAGUUUGGCGUCCUCUAAAGCUCUUUCAAGGAGAAAAGUUUUAGAUUUCUACAACAAGACAAAAAGAGAGCAAGCACCGAAACUACCCGUGCCUCCAGAGAAACCCCCAGCUCUGACUCCGGAGGAGAUAAUGCAAAUGCGCGGAGAAGACUUCUUCCUUUACGCACCGAGACCUGAUAGUCACUAUUUUGGCAGAGAUGAUUUAGCACCACUAUCGAAGUCGGAGACGGUGCUGUACAGUCCUGUGGAUAUUGCCGAUAAGACCUACAAGUCUCAAUACCACAAGGUGGACAAAAGCAAGUGGAUUUUGAGGGGCACCCGGCACAUGGCUAGUCAUAGGUACCAAACGUUCAAGACGUACACGGGCGUGUCGUGCUGCGUGUCGGCGCUGAUAACGCUGCUGCGGCUGCGCGCGCGCGCCUGGAACGAGGACAUCGUCGACGAGACGCUCGACCUAGGAUACAAUUUUUAUAGGGAGUCACUUGCUGAAAGGGGUGGACCGAUACGAAGAAUUGUUUUAGGUGAACUGAAGGAUAAUUUUAAGAUUCGUGAUAAGGAAUACACAUAUAAGGAAAUCGGUAUUGCUGUUUGGGGCAAACUGCUAUCAACUGACCCAAAAGUGUUGGACGUUUGUCGGGGACUGGAAACAUUCUUCAAAGAAAGAGACUAUGGAAUACUGCAGAUACCUGGCGAGCUGGAAGUGGCAAUAUUCAAUGAGGCCGGACGAUACUACAUUUACCAUCCGUGGCCUGCUGAUAAACAUGGAUACAGGGUUGGCCUGCAGAGUGGUGGUAAAGCAUGUCUUAUGUAUUUUGAGGAUGUGUCUGAGCUCUGUAAGCACUUCCUGGACAGCGUCAAAGACUUGAAACGUAAACCGUUCAGCAUAACGCGAAUAGUGGUCACAGAAACUGAUGAGCUACCAGAUCCUGUCAAUGAUUUAAAACCAAUUGCAGCCAAUCGUUGGAUAGUUAGAGGUCGUUUUCACAAUGAGGACGAGAGAUUCCCUGAAGAGAAUCGCGGCAAGCAAGCGGCACCCAUGUCCAUAGCAGCUAUAGCCAUGGCUCACGUUCUAGAUCCUUCUGAGUGGAAGUCUGAUAACAUCGAUGAGACCCUCGUCGUUGGCGAUAGUUUAUAUGCAAGCACUUUAGAUCUAAUGGACAAGAUGGGAAUAGAUUUGAAUGUACCCAAAGUUGAAACAGAAGGUGAAGAGGAGGAGCAAAUAGUUCCAACGGGAAUCCUCUCACCCACCCAAGUCGUUGAUAGAUUUAAAGUGACCGAAAACGAUUUCAUUGAGACAGAAGUGGUGGAUAAUGGAUAUAGCGGACAACUCACCCCCACACCCGGUAGUGGAGUUCUAUCCCUGAAGGAUUCCCUUCGCAAGAUGUUCAAAGAACACACCCAUGGAGUAGUGAGUGCCAGAGGUUGUUCUGUCGCGGUGUGGAAACAGGGAGAUAGCUAUUACUACUUUGAUCCAGCGGGAUGUGACGAUAAAGGUUAUUCCUCAGACGAGCCAUGGGCAUCUAGUUGUUUGGUUCGCGUAAACGGCAAUGUGCAAGAACUAGCCAAUUUGGUGAUGGGAAACCUGCCACCUGGUAUCGAUGAUGGUUUCUCAGUUAAUCCUGUCAUGGUUUCCGUCAGUAAAAUGAUUCCAGCUAUCGGGGCCCCAGAAACUAAGUUAGAGAGUAAAGCAUUCCAGUGGAUAUCUAAAGGGACAGCGGCAAUACUUAUGGGACCUAGAGGUGAAAACACUGCAAUCGGUAAAGCGGCUAAGAAAGCUGGCGUUGAGGCUGAAGAUAAGGCUGGUCGCACACUUGCUCUACCAGCAGCUGCGGCAUUCGUCGCAGCCUCCGCCGCGGUACCUCCACCACACAUGCAUCAAGACCACAUGUUUAACUUUAUUGAUACUGGCACGGAAUAUUAUCUGAAUCAUGUAAAAGAAACUGGAAAUAAGGAACUUGGUCCACAAGAUUUGAGUGAGAAGUUUGAAAUGGGUGUAAAUACGUUCUCCAUAGAGCUAGAAGAUCCGAUAAAAUUAUCACUUCGAUUGCCCGAUGAACCCAAAGGGGAGGGUCAAGAAGAAGAAGAAAAUGAGAAAGAAUUAGGUGAAGCGGAGGAAGAAGAACAAACGGAAAAGCCAAUGAAGCAAAUAAAAGACGCAUUGCUCAGAACAUGGAACGAUCCAACGAAACGAACGUCUGCGUUUUUGCUGCUCGGCGACUACCAUCAGAUGGGCGUGUGGAUGUCUGCGGGAGGAAAAGUGGUAGCUUUCGAUCCUGCACCAACCUUGGAAAAAGGAUUGCUUACACCUCAAAGAAUACGUAAAGGCGAUGAAUUGCGUCUCCAGCGAAUAAAAGAUGAGAUGGGCGGUGAGGGAGACGAUAACGCCGACGAAGAGGAAGAGGAAGAAGAGGAAGCUAUGGGAGAGGGAGAGGAAAAAGAGGAAGUGCCAGAUUUUUGUCCACCCGAGUCCUGUCCAGCGCUGAUGGUGUGUGCCAGUCCCGGUGAAUUCAUUGACAAGCUUGUGGCUCAAGGACACCUUGAUAGAAAACAAUGUUUAGCACCCUACAAGCUAUACCCAGUAAAAAUCACCAACGAACUUACAACUACGGUAAAAGACAAGAAGGGAGCUGGAGAUGCUGAUGAAGACUUUGGUGAAGAAGAAGAGAAAGCCGAAGUAUCAGCCGAAGCUCUCAGUGAAGACGCUGUUGGCAAACACUUCACCAGGAUCGACCAAUAUACCGCAUCGGUCAGGGGACGAGUGGCGCAGAACGAAAACUGCUAUCUGCAGACACCAAAUAGAGAUCAUCAGGACGUGGCGAACGCAGUACUGGGAAUAGUGGUAGAUCACAUUGAGCCCCACGUACACUGGAAGGGACCGCUCAUAGACGCGGUUCUGCAGUUUGGUGACCGUCUGUACACGCGUACCCUGCCUUACGCCUCUUAUCCCCCAAGGCUGCGAGCAUCUGAGCUGCCCCAUGAGUUCCAUCUCACCAAUUUCGACGUGAACUUGGAGGUAGAGAGUGAUGUGGUGACAGGAGACAUCACCGCCGGCGAACGUGGCACUGUACUUGAUUUAGCCAGAGGAAUAGCUAAGUUCUUUGAAACGAACACCCACGGUAUAGUAUGCGCGAAGGAUUACUGUGUUGGUAUUUGGAAGAGCAACGAGCACUUCUGCUUGUGGGAGCCUCACAGCGUCUGUCCCACCGGUGUUUGGACACCCGGAGGUGCCGCGACACUGGUCCUUAUGUCCUCCGUCAAACAGAUUGCCGAAACACUAAAGAAGUCCCUGGACAGAUUGGAGAGAACUGGACCUAAUAAAUUUACCAUAUCGGGGAUUAAAGUGUCAUGGGAACUGUCGAAACUUUGUGAGGCAGAGAAGCCGGCUGCGGUCCCUGACGAAGGCUAUGAGUUAAAGGUUCUUACCGCGUUUGUAGAAAUUGCGAAAGGAAGAACUAUCUUACGAGGCACAAGACCAUUAGAUCUUCCCAAAUUCACCCGGGAAGCAUGUAUGCAAUCCUCUUGCGGUGCCAUAGUAGCCGCGUGUAUGGCUCACGUGAGGAAGCCGCACCUUUGGACACGGCACACGGUCGACGAAAUCAUGUCUGUGGCUUGUAACCUCUUCGUCUCUUCCAUUGAUUCACUAGGUUAUGAGUUCAGACCCGGUGAUGAUAUCUUGGUACCCCUGCAGGUAUUGAAGAGGUUUGUUUUGGGAGUAAACUAUAUCAGAUACGACCUUCAGCAUGUCUUCUCAGGGAGGUUGGAGCAGAAAAAUCCGUCUGAAGUGAACCUCAGCUAUGCGUUGGAACAGUUCUUCAAGUUCCACACUCACGGCAUUCUGUUCUGUGCGCCUCACGCGGUGGCUGUAUGGCGGGUAGACGCAUGUCCCGCACACUACAUGAUGGAGCCUCAUGCUUGUGGACCAUCGGGACUCAGGACUGAUGCUGAGGACGAUGGCGCAGCCUGUGUAUUAUCAUUUUCGUCUGCAAAACAGAUGGCAUUGGCCUACCUCCAAAACAUACCAGUGGAGAAGCGAACCAAACAUCAUUUUCAACUGUACAAGAUAUCGGUGAAGGUCCAUCUGAUACAAAAACUGGAUCCUGAACCGCCGCUCGUCAAGUCACCUACAGGAGUUACGUUGGUUCCGGCUACGAGUAAGGUUUACGUGGAUGGCAGUAAGCGUCGAGCAUCAGAGCGUGAUCGUAAACAUCCCCCCGGAGAGGAGUCUUGUGCUGACACUGAACGUGUGAUGAAGGAAAACGAUGAUGAUCCCGCUGUUGAAGGUGAACGCAACACUAGCGGAUGGUUAGUGCUUCGUGAUGGCACACAGUUCAUGUCUGCUCACCACUCGAUCUGCUGCAAAAAAUUUCCUCACGCUUCUCGUGGAAAACAAGCUCUCUGUUGCGCCAUAAUGGGGGUGGCGAUGUCGCGCGUGGAGGAGGUGUGUCGGUGGUGCGAGUCCACCCUCGACCGCAUCCUCGACAGCGGCGACCAGCUGUACCAGGACAGCUACCUGCACUACCGACCCGCCACCAGGAUACUCGCUGUCGAUCAAGUGCUCCGCAAGUUCUACGUGCCGGGCAACUGCGUGUGCCGGGUGGUGGUCUACAAGCCGAGGCAGUAUGGAAACGUCCACGAAAACUUACUAGAACAGCUGUCGCAGUUUUUCCGCGAGGAGCGGGCGGGGGUGCUGGUGGCCGGUGACGGGACAUUCGCCGUCGCCUUGUUCAGAACACCCAGAGGGCUGUACAUGUUCGACCCUGCUGACCGCGACCGCGUGGGGCGCGCGCUGCCGCCGCCCUGCAGGGGUAAGGGGAGGGCCUGCUUCUCGCGGUACCCUGAUGUUGAAAAGCUUGCUGAAAAAUUGAUUUAUAACGCUACGUCGGGAUCAAAAGAAGACAAAGAAGGAAAGGUAAAUGGGAACAAGAAUAUUGAAAACACCGAAAAUCAGGAACCUAAAACCGAGGAAAAAGAGGUCCGCUUCAACGACAAUACAUCCUUCUCUAUAUACGGGGUUGACGUCACAGCACUACGAAAAGCUAAUGAUGGUUAACUGUUUUUUUUUAAAUUCCUUAAACAAAAGUUUUGAAUAUUAU